AGCGUCCAGAAGCAACGUGGGCCGGAAGCGCGCGUUGCCAAGGCGGCCGUUUCUAUGGUUACCCGCAGAGCGUUCCUGAGCAAGAGCAGAGAUGGAAGCAGAGAGUCUGGCGCUGUCUCUGGAGUUGGUUUCGGGGUCCGGCCUGGGGCUGAGUCCUGAGCAAUGUGCGGCUCUGAGAUCCUCCCUCCUCCUCUUGCAGAGGGAUCUGCGACUCUGUCGCGUCCGAUUAUGGGGCAAAGUGCUGGGGGUCCGCGGGGACUAUGUUAUAGCGCAGGGCAACGAGGGGCCCGAUCUACUGCAGGGGCGCAAAUCCUUCUACAGCUUGAACUAUGUGGAUUGGUGCCUCCUGCCGCCUGCGACGGAUUCCCUCAUUGCUGAGACACAAGUGGUUAAAGGACGUUUUAUAGGGGACCCUGCACAUGAAUAUGAACAUAUCAUCCGUAGGAAGUCUGGGGAAGGAGAGUCAGCGGACGAGGAGGAACUCAUUACUCACAUUAAGGAAGAGGCACGCCUGACGGGCACCAUUGCUAUGAUUGAUAAGGAGGCAGCUGUUGCACCACGGGGAGCCUACAUCAAGAAUCCUGUUGGGCAAGUCGUUGUCAACCACAGCUUUCGAGGCCUUGAGGUGAGUGAAGCGAAGAAGCUGAGCUCCUACUUCCACUUUACCCCCUCGCUGAACCCCAAGAAGAGGUCCCUGUUGGAAAAGGCUGCGCUGGAUCCAUCUAUAGACUUCCUGGACUCACUAGAACAUGAUAUUCCCAGGGGUUCCUGGGGCCUCCAGUUUGAGCAGGGGAACAGCGUCCUGAUCCUUCGCAGCCUCUUGUGGCUGGGAAUGACUUUCUAUCAUGUGCCCCUCACCCCACUGCACGGGUUCCUUUACAUUGGCACCGGAGAGCGUAAUCUCGACCUUCCAUUCAUGAUCUAAGCAUCUGCCCCUUUCCACAGAGCCAUCUCAUGGGUAAAUGCUAAAUUUCACUGUGGGGUCAAUUCCUCAUCCCCUGCUGCUGUACAACUGGGAAUGAUCAGUAGUAUUUAGAUAUAAUCAGUAGCAUGGUCUGUAACUGCACUAGUUCUGCACUGAUGUUCCCCUUUGCCCCCAGUGAGUAAGGGCCACUUUUCAUGUCCUUGCCCAGAGCCACUAAAAUCCAACUAUCUCCAUGGAAGCUAUGUUUGUACAGAACUGCACCCCACUUCCAAUAAAGAGCUAUUUGCACUGA